AUGCGUCAGCGAAAAAAACAAAAAGAACGAGAAAUGGAAGAGUUGGAGGCAAUUCUUCGUGCAACUAAUGAUAUAACAGAUGAUUUGGUGCUUUUAGACGAACAAUCAUUGCAAAGAAAACGUGCGAGAUUAAGUCGUUAUCAAACUAUGUCGAUUGACGAGAGGCGUGAAUAUAACCAAAAAAGAAGGCUUAAACAGCUUGGAUUGCCCGAAAAUAUUGAAGAAGUUCCACGACAAAAAUUGGAACAAAUAAAAAGACAUAUUAAUGAGGUUAAUGCUAGAAAGGCUGAGGCGGCACGUCAACGGUAUCAUCGAAUGACGGCUGAUGAAAGAAAAAUUUAUAAUAGAAGACGAACUGAAUCUUUCCGAAAGCGGCGUGUUGAAGAAGAGAAAUUACUUUCAACGCCAGCAGGGCAGAUUACACCGGAAGCUUUGGAAAAAGCGCAAAGUAUAAUGCUAAGAAAUGCAAAAAGAGCAGAACAAGCACGUUUGAGAUAUCAAAGAAAGCAACAAGAAAGAGGUGUUGUGCCAAGAAGACAACGAAAACCAAAAACUGAAACUACAAAUGAGGCAGCUGAGCCGAAUUUAGACCAAAUUUUGGAUACGAUCGAACGUGAUGUUGUCAGAAAGACAGAAGAAGCACGACAAACUUUAUUAAAAAUGCAACAAAAUGAAUUGAAAAAAGAGGAAACUAUUGGCAUUUUAGACGACAAACAACAUCAUUUUGUGGUGCCAGAUAGAGGAGUAGGAACAACUACUCAUACUAUAGUUCAAUCACCUAUAAAUAUUACUCAACAGCAACUUUCUGGAGGAAAUGUUGUUCAAUAUGUUCAGGUGCCUGCGAGAAGUGUUCCAAACGGCUUUAUCAUCGCUGACAAUAAAUUUGUUCAAGUUCAUACAGAUAGUGGAAUUCAAACGUCAGGGCCACAGUCUUAUACAGUGAUUCAAGAAGCUUCAACCUCAAAAUUCGAUGCCGGCCCAAGUAGUAGUGGAACAAGUAAUUAUUAUCCAGUUUCUAUAAUUCACCAUGAACCACCACCACAUCAACAACAACGUCAUCAUAUUACAACUUCAACUAUAGAUCACCAUCAUCAUUUAAACCCCCCGACACGAAUUGAAAUUGUUCAACCAACAAUAAUAACAACUAAUAAUACAAAUAAUUUUGGUGGUCAACAUACAUCAACAGCAAGUGGUUCAUCUACAACAUUAUUAGCUGCUAGUUCUUCUUCAUCUUCGUUAGCAUCUUCACGUCGUCAUUAUACUAGCAAUCCAUUACAACAAAAUCAACAACAACAAACUUUUAUAAUUCCAAAAACUGAACAUCAUCCAAUUAUUGCUAGUCGUUCCUCUAUUUCUUCUGGUAUGUCAUCGUCUAAACAACGUGUUAUGGACCCUCAUAAUUCAAACGAUCAAAAAUUGUUAUUGCAAAAGGCUAAACGUGCAGAACGUGCAAGGAGAAGAUACCAUGAAAUGUCUGCCGAAGCACGUCAUGAAUUUAAUGCUAAAAGAGCACUUUCAUUAAAAAUGGCAAGAUUGAGGGAUGAAGAAUUGUGUCGUUUGGGUGAUGAUAUGAAUACAAAAGGACAAGAACCCGAAGAUAGUCUUCGCACUGCUAUUGAACAAGCCAGAUUGCGUAGAGCCAAAAGAGCAGAAGCUGCUCGUGUUAAAUAUCAAAUGACAAGUGAACAGAGGAAAGCACAUAAUGCAAUGCGUGAUGCUCAGAGAAGGCAAAGAAAGCGUGAAUUGGAGGAUACUGUGACAGUUGUGAAACAAUGAGA